AAUUGCAUGAGGAGCAGUUGGCACGUAUAAGGCGAAGCUGACACUUGGCCCUUAUGACUCUCCACUGAUGCCGAAUAUAAAUACGCCUAAUGUUUACGUCUAUAUAAGCAUAUGCAACUGAGAAUUCAAGAUUAGAAAUUAAGAGAGAAUAAUCAUUAUGGCAGAUAUGGGAGGUAGGAAGUCUUGCAAUGACAGUUGUGGAUGCGCAAUGCCCUGCCCUGGUGGUUCUACUUGCAGGUGCACUGGUAGUGAGACCUCCAGUGGAGGUGACCACUCAACAUGCUCCUGUGGUGAGCACUGCGGGUGCAACCCAUGCGCAUGUCCCAAGACAGUUGCUGCUGGAACCGGUUGCAAGUGUGCCUCCGGUUGCAGAUGUACUUCAUGCCAUGCUUAGUUAAACAUGAAUAUGAUCACCACCACCACCACCACAUAAGAGAGACACUAUAUGAUAUAUUUCCUUCCAAUCGUUAGUUUAAGUUUAGUCAUGCAGUUUCCGGAUGUUAUUUAUGGCAAUUUUGCUUCGUUUGUAAUAUGACAAGCGUUAAUGAAUAACAGCAUAUGUGCAUU